AGUAACCUACAAAUAUCCUCUACUCUUACCGGCCAUGUUUCACUGCCAUAAAGUAGGACGAAAAAAAGUGCUGCGCAGUAAAUUCGUCCUUUGGUUGAUAGACGGAUAUCUCGCCUACGCCAUAAAUGAUGCAAGUUGACGAAAGCUAGUUGAGUAUACUGUAUCCGUGCUGAUGAGACUCCCAAGAUAAGUUAAGCGGUCGACACGCUCAACUACUUCACUCCCUAUCAUUAGUUCAGGUGUCGAUGCAACCAAAUCAUGAAGCAACAGUUUGCAUUGUUGCUUAAAGUGGUCAGAAGACUGCAUUUUUUCAGCGUCUUCACCAAAUGGAACUAUGUCAUCGGCAUAUUCUAAAUCAAGAAGUGGAUUUUCCGGUAAAAGUCCAACUCCUGGAAACUUAGAUGAGGAACACCACUUGAGGUAACCAAUUCUGAUGACAAUUCGCCAUAAGCUCUUACUCGACCAGUUGUGUUCGAGUAGAGAUCUUGUAUAAGGUUAAUAUACUUCUUUGAUACUUCCUUCAGUGACAAACACUGCCAUAGAACCUCACGAUCAACAGUCAAAUGCCACCUUAAUGUCGAGAAAUACUACCAUUGUGGGACAUCUGAAUGUGUGUCUAUGUUUUAAGACCUGACAUAGUGUGAGUAUCUGGUCUAUACAACAACAUCCAGGUCGAAAACCAGCCUGAUUUUCUCUAUUCUACUCUUCACGAGCCUUGGUUAGGCGUCGAUGUAUUAUUGAAGCUAAUAUUUUAGACACUAUAUUUUUCAAACUGAUUCCUGUGAUUGUCACAAGAGGACUUUUGUCCUUUCUUAUAAACUGGCGUAAUCAGUGAUUGAGACCAGUCAGAUGGGAUUACGUCCAGUUCCCAAAUUCUACCUAAGACGUCGGUUAAUCUGACUGCUAAUACUGGACCACCAUCCUUAAAAAUCUCAGUAGUGAACCUGUCAGGGCCUGCUGCUCUCCCUCGCUUCAGAUUUCUUAUAGCUUUUUCAACUUCUUUAAGAGUUGGAGGACUUACAUGUUCUAGGACCUGAUAUAGUGUGAAUAUCUGGUCUAUACAGGCACUUCCAGGUGAAAGAGUUGCAAAUUUAUGUGCGUUCAACAAAAUGGUUAUAGGCGGCACAGUAUUUCCACGCAAACGCAUACACAAAUCUACAUGUGUUCAAUCGGGUUAAACUACACAGAACCAGACCUACCAUAUUUGCAUCACUUAAAGAUUCAGAAGGUCAAUAGAAAACGUGUGAACCAGGAGAGGAGCUGACAUAGCUUAAGAUCACCGCUAGCUGGUGGUUGCCAGGAUGAUGCUGAAGCUAAAGAAGCACUGGGCAACUGGACAAAUAACAUAAGAAAGGGUCAGUAGACACUUUUACGAGAUAAUGACAAACUCAACGAAUUCAAGAUGGCUCUCAACAACAGGUUUCAAGCCUUACAAGAUCUACUCAAAGACGAAGAAACUACUAUGGAUGAAAGGAAUGAAAGAGGCACUAACUACAACGUGUCAAGUGGUUCUGGGUCACAAGAAGCAUUAUCAUGAGGAAUGGUUCUCCGUGGAAACUCUGGACAGGAUUCAAGAAAGGAAGAAGAAGAAGACAUCAAUUGAAAACAGCCGAACAAGAACAGAGCAAGUCAAUGCACAAGCUGAAUACAGAGACGCAAUCAAGCAAAUGAGGGGGAGAGUUCGGUCUGACAAGCAGAAAUAUGUGGAAGAUCUAGCAAUAACAGCGAAGAAAGUUGCAAGAGAAGGAAAUAUGAAACAACUAGGUAGAACGUUCCACGUACCUGAACAGCGUCAUCGUUGAACAAGGAGGAUGGGAUGCAAACGUAAGGGCGAGGAUUGGCAAAGUAAGGACAGCACUCCUACAGUUGAAGAGCAUUUGGAACUCAAAACAAAUGUCAAUCAAUAUCAAAGUGAGAAUCGUCAAUUCGAACGUCAAGACAGUUCUACUGUACUGAGCUAAAACUUGGAGAACUACCACAACCAUCGUCAGAAAGGUACAGAUAUUUAUAAUCAAUUGUCUAUGUAAGCUACUGAACGUCCGUUGACCGGAAACCAUCAACAACAGUCUACUGUUUGAGAGAAUACACCAGUUUCCAUCUGAAGAGGAGAUAAGUAAAAGAUGUAAUAUAUGGAUAGGAAAUACAUUACGGAAAUUAUCGAAGUGCAUCACGAAACAAGUGCUAACUUGGAAUCCUGAAAGUAAAAGAACAAUCGGAAGAACAAGGAACACAUUGUGUCGGUAAUUGGAAGUAGACAUGUAAAGGAUGAAUAGCAACAGGAAGCAAGUAGGAAGGCGAGUCCAGAACAGAUUUGGAUGGAGAAUGCUGGUGGGUGGCCUAUGCUACUUUACGAUCGGUAACAGGCGUAAAUUUAUAGAGUAUUUUUCAAAAAUGAGGAUACCUGAAGUUGAAACCGAAAAUCAAGGGCUAAAAUUAACUCCUGUUUCACAUUUAAAUGUGGAAGGACGUCAAUAUCCUGUGUCCAUAUUUUACUCACUUGAUCCCGUUCCUUGUUACUUAUUUGCAGCUAAAGAGACUGUUUUUCGGAUACAUGAAACAAAACCAUUAGGUGGUGAUAUACUUGUCUUUGUCACAGGUCAGAAUGAAGUUUCCCAACUGGUUGGCAAUCUAAUUGAAGAAUAUCGGAACCGCAAGGAGCGUUUCUUAAAUACUCAGCAACAAAGUUCCAAAACAAAGUUACCUACUAACUACCCACCUUUACGUUGCUUACAGCUUCAUGGUUCCCUUCCUCAACAUGAACAGCUUCGUAUUUUUGAACGACCAACUCGGUCUUGUCGUAAAGUUAUUGUGGCCACUAAUGUUGCGGAAGCGUCAGUUACAAUUCCUGGGAUUUCUUAUGUGAUUGAUUGUGGCUUUUCAAGAAUUCGAGCGUAUAAUCCUGUCAAUGGGCUUGAAGCUUUAGUUACUAUACCUACAUCUCAAGCCUCAGCACGUCAGCGUGCUGGUCGAGCCGGACGUACAAGAACUGGACAGGCUUAUCGGCUUUAUACUGAAGAGGCAUAUAAUAAACUCUUGCCACGUUUUACACUACCAGAAUCUUUACGUGUUGAUUUAUCUGGUGCCUUGUUACGCUUAAAAACGCUUGGUAUCGAUCGUUUAGCUCAGUUUGAUUGGCUCGAUCCACCACCUGCAUCACAUGUAGGUCAGUCUGCUGAACGACUUGUUGCUUUAGGUGCUCUCGAUGCUAGUUCUGGUCAUCUUACAAUUCCUCGUGGUUUAAAAUUAGCAGAAGUUUCUACAACGUGUGGUUUAGACCAACCUUCAACUGCAGCUGCAUUAUUAGGUGCUUGUGAUGAAGGAUGUUCUCAGGAGAUUGCUGCGAUUGUCUCAUUAAUGCAAAUUCAACGAAUAUUUACGGUUUCUGAUUAUAAACACACAAGUGAUCGUAUUCGUAGGCAGACGUUCGGUUGUCAACAAGGUGAUCAUUUAACAGAGUUAAAUGCAUUUGUUGCUUAUGAGAACCAAUCAAAAUUAUUGUCAAAGUCGGAACUUCGAACCUGGUGUCGAGAAGUAGGUUUAAAUGAACGUGGGCUAGCUCAUGCAGUUAUACUACGUGAUCGAAUCGGCUCCAUGUUUCAUCGUUUAAAAUUGCCUUGGGUAAAAGCAGAGCCUGAAGGAAAUCCUAUUCCAGUACUAAGGGCGCUUGUUCGCGGAUUUUUUCAUCAAGCUGCUCGUCUCGCUUCAUCUGGUUCACAUUAUUUAACUGUAAGAGGAGAUCAUCAAUUACGCUUACAUCCUAACUGUAUUUUAUACUCGUCUACAACACGGUGGCCUGCUUAUAUCUUAUUUACAAAUGUAUUUCUCACACCUAAUUUAGAUUAUAAUAAUGAUACUAAAUCAAAUAAUAAUAAUAAGAAUGACCUGUCAAGUACUUGUAUCAGUGGUGUCAGUGUUAUACAACCAGAUUGGUUGCUGGAAUUAGCUCCACAUUAUUAUCAAUUCGGUACAGAUAGAGAACAUUUAGAACAUUCUUUAGGAAUAAAAAAAUGAUGUAUAUAUUGGUCAAACCAACUAGUUAUAUAUAGUAAAAUGUAGUCUUCAUAUUUGAAGGAAGCAAUCAGUUUUUGUUUAAAUUACAAGUGGUUGAUGGUUAUUAACAUUUAUGUAAAUAUAUUUGGCUGCAUUUCUUUGUUUUCUACCAAAUUAUUCUGUACAAAUCCAAUCUUGAGAUGUUUUGUAUUAAAUAAAUCUUUAACGGUUUGGU